ACUUAUCUCUAUAACAACCUAUUUAGCGAAAAAAAAACAAACCGGCAAACUCUUACGGUUUGUUGAAAAUAGAACAAACUAAUUAGCAAUAUUUAAAGGAGAAUAUUAAAGGAGAUUUCACAUGCUUAAGAAUUUAAAUAAGUUUCAAGUAGAAGAAAAAAAUGGCUGAAAUUAAUGCUGUUGAUGGUGCUGGUGACCAGUUGGAGCAAUUGAGCAGUUAUUGUUCAUCCAGCGAAGAAGAUGAAAACGCCAAAGAGAUUAUUCCACAGACUCCGGAAAUACCCCGACCCAACUAUAGCGAUGAGGAAUUGAUUAAAUUGGUCGAUUACAUACAACGAAUGACCAUGCUCUUUGCCCUGGAUCAACGAGACUGGAGAGAGGAGACUUUGGAUGUCAUCAGACGUUGGCUGCUGGAGGUCAACGAACCAUUGCUGACUCUGUUCUAUAAUGGCAACAAAUUGACUGCCUGUCUGGGUUUCCCAGUGACUCCCGUCUCCGAUUUGAGCUACUUUAAUCGGACGACUAAUCACAUCUUCACUGUUGAUGGUUUCCAUGAUGAAGUCAACUUUGGCACCGUGCAUGAGGAUGUUGAUGGCUGCCUGCUGAGGGUAUUGCAAUUGGUGUAUGCUCCAGUGUUUCGUAACUAUACCGAUUGGAACAGCAAUGUGAAGUCCAGAUUCGCCCAGGCCAUGGAUAAGCUAUUGGGCUAUCUGACCAAUCUGAAUUCCAAAAUGGCUGGCAUGACAAUGCUGUAUGUGCCCUAUGUGGUGCAACAGAUGGCCCGUGAGAACAUAGCCCAUGAUCGUGAGUUUGUUAAAAAUAUGGAGUCCGUGGUGGUCUUUUGGACUACUCAAAUUCGCACUCUACUGUCGGAUAAGGUGUUGGUGGUACCUCAUGACUUGGUGGUGCCCGAGGAGGAAUACGAAUUUUGGCUUUAUAGAUAUGAGGUGCUGCUUGGCAUCAACACGCAAUUGGCUCAGGACGAUGUGCAGAGCAUUAUCAUGGUCCUGCGACAGUCCCGCUCGGUUUACAUCAAACAAAUCGAGGCACUCAUCAACGAGUGCCGCCUGGAAAUGGAGCAGGCCAACUCGAACAUCAAAUAUUUGCAUUUGCUUAUUGAGCCCUGCUCGCAGAUAGACAAAUGCGAAAGUCCGGCCACAGUGCCUGGUGUACUGCCGCGCAUUUUCUACUUCAUACGCUACAUAUGGUUGAACUCUCCCCAUUACAAUCGCCGGGACUUGAUCACAAAUCUUUUUCGCGAUGUCAGCAAUCAGAUCAUACGCUUCUGCGUCUCCAAAACCGAUGUGGAUACCAUACUGGGUGGCGGUAAGUCUCGUUUUGGCAUCAAAAUGUGCAACAUGGCUGUCGACUGUUGUUUGUGCUAUAAAAUGAUCUAUGAGCGCAUGUCUAAAAGUUUGGCCCAACAACAACCUCAAGUUGGCUGGGAUUUGGACAGUGUACUGAUCUUCAAUCACAUCGAUGCCUUUAUGAAGCGAUUGGAGGACUUAAUGGACAUCUGUCAAGCAAUGAUUGCCUUUGGCCGUUUGGAUGAGACCGAGGAUAUACCCAAGCCACGCUUCGGAGGCACUAAUGGUGCGGAAUUCGAAAAGACUGCAGAGCGCGUUGAGACUGACUUUCGAAAAACGCUUUCCUUGCUGGAGAGUGACUCGAAAAAUUUGAUUUUGGAUGUGCAUAAAACAGGUUGGCACGAAGAGGCCUUGAAGUAUCGUCGUACCGUGCAGGGUUUUGAGGAGACCAUAAAGCGUCUCAUGGACAAUGCCUUUAAGAGGGCCUGUAACAUUGAAGAGGCGCUAGAGGUAUUGCACUCGGUGCUAUUCUACUCGUAUAGGUCUAGUGUGAGAAAUACCUAUCUGAAGAUGGUCUCCGAAGUAUGGCUCAUGUUUUCCAAGGAAAUGGACAACACUACCAAGGAUUUAACGGAUCGCGAAAAUCUUCACGAGUCAUGGCUGGCUUAUUAUGCCUCCCGUGCUGUUGGUUAUCGCAUCAACUUGGAGCGUCUCCAGUGGCUAAGAGAUCGCCUUAAGAACUCCGAAUGGUUGCCUUCAGUGCCGGAGUGUGGCAAGGUUUUGGCCAAAUUCGAUGGCUUGAAGAAAGACUUUGACAAAGAAAUGCGCAAAGCAUUCGACGAUUGGGUGCAUAGUUGUGGCAGUGCCAAUCUAUUGGAUCGCCUUGAGCGCAAACUUCUGGUGCGCAGCAAAUUCAAGAAAGGCCUGUUGGAGUGCAACAUUGAUCGUUCGGUGCUGGACAUUUGUCAGCAGGCGCAAACUUUUGAGCAGUUGAAUUUUCAAAUACCAGGCUCCAUACGCAAGCUCUAUGAGAAAUAUGCCACGUUGCAGUUUAUGUAUAACAGCGUCAUUACCGUUUGCCUCAAUUACAAUCGCAUACUCUCGGCCCUAUCGGAGGAGGAACGUACGUUAUUCAAGGCCCUGAUACAAACCUGUGAUCGCAAAAUAGCACCCGCCCUCUUUAAGUUGACCUGGGGUGGAGAGCUGAGUGAUGCUUACAUAGCUGGCUGUGACAAACACACCCAAAGGCUGCAGGAAUCUGUGGAUAUCUAUAAGCGUGCUAAUCACCAAAUUGCACGGAUCUGUGAGCAGAUUUGCGAUACUCCAUUGGUAAAGUUUACCCUACCAGGUGCUGUGGAGUUGGCUACAUUUGAGGCUAAUGUAACUGCCUUCAACCGCCGAGCUACGGAUCAAAUUUUGAGUUUAUAUAACACCAUAAUUGAGUUGCUCUAUGCUGUCUUUAAGGAAUUUGAAUAUGUCAUAGAAGAUAUGGCCUCCGAAUGGUAUACAUACGUCAAUCGAUUCGAUGCAAUGAUGUCGGAAGCAAUGCUUAUAUGUGCUCGUAAUUCCUUGAACAAUGUCUACUCUGCUCUGCGUUCGGAAAGUGAUAUCAGCCCACCACCCAUAAUUAUUGUCUCCAUUGAUGUACAGGAGCAAAAACUUGUUUUGAACCCCACAAUGGAGGCAGUGGAGAGCCUUAUUUUAAGCAUGAUUCAGCGUAUUCGCAAAAGCUUGGAGAGUGUUGACCGAAUAGCUCUUAAACUGGAAAUGCCUGAGGAACUUAUUGGUCCCCCCUUUGCCGAGUUAAUGGACAAUGACUCGGUAAUUGCAGAGAUACAGGAGAAGAUAGGCAAUGAAGUUGACUACAGCAGGGAGGAAAUUGAGAAAUUUAUGGAUACCUGGACCGAAUACAAAGACAUCUGGGAAUGCAGCGAAGAAGAGUUUACACGAAGAAUUGAGGAUACGGAACAAACGGCCAAUGUCUUUGAAGAUAGUAUUGAGUCGUACAGCUCAAAGGCAGAGAUCAUUGCCAUGAAAGAGGCCAUUGUCAAUGUUUAUUUUAUAAUGGCAAAUCAGACGGCUCUAAAGAACACAUUGAUGGACUAUAUAGAGAGAUGGCAGCUGCAGAAUGUUAGUCUGCUAACCAAAAGAGCUACGGCAAGGAUAAAAAUAAUCUAUCGUUAUGUCAAACGCAAUGAAAAACGCAUCUGCGUUGUACCCAGAACCCUAAAGGAAGCUCGUGAGGCCACGGAACUUUUCAAUCGUCUAAAAGAUGAGGUUCCCCUAAAACAAGACGAAUUUCCCGAAACUUUAAAUCUUUUCAAAAUCUUGGAUAAAUAUGAAAUCAGCAUAGCAGAAAAUACCAGAGUGUUGGUCUUGAAUUUACAGACAACUUGGGAGUCGUAUCUGAAAAAGCUAGGAGAGGCUGGUGAUAUGCUGGACAAUACCAAGGAGGAAUUCAAGCAGAAUCUGCUAUUGCAAGCCGAGAAGUUCCGUAGCAUUAUGAAGGAGUUUUUGGCAGAGUUUAUGCUUAAGCUACCCACCUCCUCCCAAACCAAUCCCCGCAUAGCUUUAAAGUAUAUCAAAGUUAUAUCUGACAAAGUGGUUGCCUGUUUCAAAUUUGAGGAGAGUCUCAUCAAUGAUUUGGCCAUUUUUCACAUUAAUCAACCGGAAAAUCUGAACUUGAAGAAACUCAAUGAUGAAGUUAGGAUUAUACGAAAUAUUUGGGAAUUGAUAUUGGAAUGGCAGAAUACCUGGAAUGAGUGGCGCAAGGAGAAUUUCUGGAAAAUCAAUAUUGAUCUCAUGGAGGACACUGCCAUGUCCUUGUACAAGGAAUUUAGUGCGCUUAAUAAGAAAUACUAUCCCCGCAAUUGGGAUAUGCUGAUAACAACCACAAAAAAUUUGGAUGGAUUUCGCAGGACAUUGCCGCUGAUUACAGCUUUGAAGAAUCCAUGCAUGCGUCAUCGUCAUUGGGAUAGCGUUAGGAAAUUGAUGGAAGUAAAUUUCGAUGAAAAUUCCCCAAAAUUCACUUUGGAGCUGAUUAUUGAACUCGAUUUUCAAGCAUUUUCCGAAGACAUUCAGGACAUCUCCAAUGCUGCCACCAUGGAACUGCAGAUAGAGAAUGGCAUUAAAAACAUUGCCAGCAUAUGGCGCAAGCAGACCUUUGAAAUGGUCCUUUACCGCAAUGGCAUCUACAAAAUUAAGAGCGUCGAUGAAUGCAGUCAGCUGUUGGAGGAGCACAUGGUCCAAAUAUCUUCCAUGAAGUCCACCAGAUUUGUAGAGCCCUUCGCCGCUGUGGUGGAUUAUUGGGAGAAAACUUUGUCCUAUAUAUCGGAGACCUUGGAAAAGGUCUUACAGGUUCAAAGGCAAUGGCUGUAUUUGGAGAAUAUAUUCGCCGGCGAGGAUAUACGCAAGCAACUACCGACAGAGGCUGAACGAUUUGCUCUCAUAACGAAUGAAUUUAAGGCCAUCAUGGAGUACAUGUUUGAGGCCAAGACUGCCCUCAAAGCGACACAUAUAAAGGCACCACCUUUUCUGUUGAUACGCUUCCAGAAAAUGGAUGAACGUUUGGAAGCCAUACAAAGAGCCCUGGAAAUCUAUUUGGAGAGCAAGCGACAGCUAUUUCCAAGAUUCUAUUUUGUAUCGAACGAUGAUCUCUUGGAAAUAUUGGGCAACAAUAAGAGACCAGAUUUGGUGCAGAUGCAUUUGAGGAAACUUUUUGACAAUUUGGUCAAGCUAGAGCUGAGAAGGGUGGGCAAGGGUUUAAACCGCUGGCAAGCCUUGGGCAUGUACGCCGAUGAUGGUGAGUAUGUGGAGUUUUUGAAUGUGGUCUACAUAGAUGGACCCUCAGAGAAGUGGUUGGCAAUGGUGGAGGCCCACAUGUUUGUCGUAAUGCGUGAGCAGCUGAAAUUGACGAGGGCUUCCUUGAAGAAAUUUGCCUCCAAUCGAGAAAAGUGGCUUUCCCUGUGGCCUGGCCAAUUGGUCAACACAACUUGUCUCAUCCAAUGGACCACAGAGUGCACACGCAGUUUGAUCCACUGCAAGAUGGUGGAUCAGAAGAAGCCUUUGCGCAAGCUGAAGAGGAAGCAGAAUAAAAUCCUGGGCAAACUUUCCGAAAUGAGCCGCAAGGAUUUGAGCAAAAUUAUGCGCCUCAAGGUGAACACUUUGAUAACGGUGGAGAUUCAUGGCCGCGAUGUCAUUGAGCGCAUGUACAAAACCAACUGCAAGGAUGUGGGCCACUUUGAAUGGUUCUCGCAGCUGCGCUUCUACUGGCACAAAGAAUCAGAAACGUGCGUUGUGCGUCAGACCAACACGGAGCAUUGGUAUGGCUACGAAUAUUUGGGCAAUUCUGGGCGUUUAGUUAUUACCCCCUUGACGGAUCGCUGUUAUAUAACGCUGACCACAGCCUUGCAUUUGUAUCGAGGCGGCAGCCCCAAGGGCCCUGCUGGCACUGGCAAAACGGAAACAGUAAAGGACCUGGGCAAGGCUCUCGGCAUGUGGGUCAUAGUGACUAAUUGUUCUGAAGGUCUGGAUUUCAAGAGCAUCGGCAAAAACUUUUCGGGUUUGGCCCAAACUGGUUCCUGGGGUUGCUUUGACGAAUUCAAUCGCAUCAACAUUGAAGUGCUCUCGGUGGUGGCUCAGCAAAUUAUGUCCAUCAUUGCUGCUCUCUCAGCGGAGUUGAAGGAAUUCGUAUUCGAGGGCCAGAAAAUCAAGUUAGUGCCCACAGUAGGCCUCUUCAUCACCAUGAAUCCCGGUUACGCGGGACGCACCGAGUUGCCGGAUAACCUGAAGUCCCUAUUUCGGCCGAUAUCCAUGAUGGUACCCGAUAAUGCCAUUAUAGCCGAAAACACCCUCUACUCUGAUGGGUUCACCAACACCCGCAGUUUGGCCCGCAAGGUCUAUACACUGUACGAACUGGCAAAACAGCAGUUGUCCAAACAAUACCACUACGAUUUUGGUUUGCGCUCCAUGGUUGCUUUAUUGCGUUAUGCGGGGCGCAAACGACGCCAGUUGCCUCAUGCCUCGGAGGAAGAGGUUGUAUAUUUGGCCAUGCGUGACAUGAAUGUGGCCCGCCUUACUGCAAAUGAUCUGCCCUUGUUCAAUGGCAUAAUGUCGGAUAUUUUCCCUGGUGUGGAUGUUCCGCUCAUAGACUACAGCGACUUCAAAACGGCCAUAGAGGAUGAAUUGCAGGGCAAUGGCCUGCAAAUAAUUCCCAGUGCCAUCAAGAAAGUCAUUGAGUUGUACGAGACCAAGAACUCCCGACACUCGACCAUGAUUAUUGGCGAUACCAACACCGCCAAGUCGGUGACCUGGAAAUGCCUACAGGGUGCCUUUGGACGUAUGCAUGCAAAUAAGAAGCCCGGUUGGGUGGCGGUGACGGUGCACCCUAUGAAUCCCAAGGCCUUAAAUCUGGCAGAGCUGUAUGGCGAAUAUAAUCUGGCCACUGGAGAGUGGUUGGAUGGUGUUUUGAGCUCCACCAUGCGUGUGAUAUGUGCUGAUGAAGAUCCCACCCAGAAGUGGCUACUCUUUGAUGGUCCCGUCGAUGCUGUGUGGAUCGAGAACAUGAAUUCGGUCAUGGAUGACAACAAAAUUUUGACUUUGGUUAACAGCGAACGCAUCACCAUGCCAGCCCAGGUGUCACUGUUAUUUGAGGUAGCCGAUUUAGCGGUGGCCUCUCCGGCCACGGUCUCCCGCUGUGGCAUGGUCUACAAUGACUAUCGCGACUGGGGCUGGAGACCAUAUGUAAAGUCUUGGUUGCAGCGUCAAAAGCCCGCCGAAUAUGCGAAAUAUAUCUCGGAAUUGUUUGAUGAAUACUUGGACAAGGUGUUGAGCUACAAACACGAACACUGCAAGGAGAUCGUGAAGACCAACGAAUUGAAUGUCGUUAUCUCGCUGUGUAGUCUACUCGAGGGGUUUGCCACCAAACAGAAUGGCAUUGUGGCUGGAGAUUUGGAGUUGCUGGAAAACAUGAGCAAGUUGUGGUUUCUCUUUUGCUUGGUAUGGUCUGUGUGUGCCACAGUCAAUGAAGAGGGUCGUUUGCAACUCGAUGCCUUUAUAAGGACCUUGGAUAGUAGUUUUCCCAUCAAAGAUACCAUCUAUGAUUAUUUUGUAGAUCCCAUGCUCAGGUGUUUUCUACCGUGGGAGAGCAAAUUAUACGAUGGCUGGAAAUACAAUGAGGAGGAACCCUUUUACAAGAUCAUUGUACCCACUGUGGAUACGGUGCGCUAUGAAUAUCUGGUGUCCAAGCUUUUGCAGGAUAACCAUCCAGUCUUGAUGGUGGGCAAUGUGGGCACAGGCAAAACCUCUACAGCUGUCAGUGUGAUGGAGGCUUGCGACAAGACCAAGUUUACAGUGCUUUCAAUCAAUAUUUCGGCACAGACAACCGCUGCUGGCCUUCAAGAGUCCAUAGAAAAUCGCACCGAGAAAAGAACCAAGACGCACUUUGUGCCCAUAGGCGGCAAAAAGAUGAUAUGCUUUAUGGAUGACUUCAAUAUGCCGGCCAAAGAUGUUUACGGCUCUCAGCCACCUUUGGAGCUAAUUCGUCAAUGGAUUGACUACAAAUACUGGUUCAAUCGUCGCAAUCAACAGAAAAUCUAUGUAACCAAUACCCUGAUUAUGGCUGCUAUGGGUCCUCCGGGUGGGGGGCGGCAGGUGAUUUCAGCCCGUACUCUGAGCAGAUUUCUCCUCAUCAACAUGACCUUCCCCACGGAGGCUGUGAUUAUGCGAAUUUUUGGCACAAUGAUACGUCAGAAGCUGCAGCUUUUCGCCCCUGAGGUCAGGGAACUGUGGCAUCACAUCUCAGCAGCCACCCUACAUUUGUACAACGAUGUGGUGGCCAAAAUGUUACCCACACCCAAUAAAUCGCAUUAUCUCUUCAAUUUGAGGGAUAUAUCGAAGGUGUUUCAAGGUUUGCUAAGGGCAAAUGCGGAAGUUCUUGUACGUAAGGCCCAAUUUCUGCGCCUUUGGAUUCAUGAGUGUUUUCGGGUUUUCUGUGAUCGCCUGGUAGAUGACAGAGAUUGUGAAUGGUUUGGCAAUGAAAUGAAUGAAGUCAUGAACCGACACCUGGAGGUCAACCUCCAUAGCCUGUGUCCCCAUAGGAUUGUGCCCAUAUUUGGCGAUUUCAUGAGCAGACAAGGCUUCUACGAAGAUCUUAGUUUUGAGCAACUACGUGACUACAUCAAUGAUCAAAUGGGGGAGUACAACAACUUCCCCGGUAUGGCACGCCUAAACCUGGUGUUCUUUAAGGAGGCCUUGGAACACGUGGCGCGCAUAGUGCGUGUCAUCUCCCAGCCUAGAGGCCACAUGUUGAACAUUGGCAUUGGGGGCUCCGGACGUCAAGUUUUGGUAAAGCUGGCUGCUUUUAUAUUAGAAAUGGGAGUUUUCCAAAUCGAAGUAACCAAGAAAUAUAAAACCCAAGAAUUCCGCGAGGAUCUUAAGAGUCUAUACAAAGUGACAGGGGUCAAGCAAAGGCCCACCAUCUUCAUAUUCAGCGGUGAGCAGGUGGUGGAGGACACGUUCUUGGAAAUCAUAAACAAUAUGCUGAGCACCGGUGAAAUCAAUCUCUUCAAGGCCGACGAAUUCGAGGAGCUAAAGACUGAGUUAGAGCGGCCGGCCAAAAGGGCUGGUAUCCAGCUGACCACAGAGGCUCUGUACAAUUUCUUCAUGCAAAAUGUGAGGGACAAUCUGCAUGUGGCCCUGGCCAUGAGUCCCAUUGGUGAUGCCUUCCGUUCCUAUAUACGCCAAUACCCGGCCCUCAUCAAUAAUACCACUCCCAAUUGGUUUAGACUAUGGCCCCAGGAGGCUUUGCUGGAGGUGGCCUCGAAAUUCUUGUCAGAGUUCAAAAUUAAUGUCCCCGUUCCGGGCAGAGAAGAUGAGAAGCAUCGUGACAGCCUGGUGGUGACCACCGAGGAAACGCUGCAGAAAAAUGUGGCCUUCACCUUCUCGGUAAUACACUCCAGUGUCACCGAUAUCUCUCAAGUGAUGCUGCUGGAGGUGAAGCGUCAGAAUUAUGUCACUUCAUUGAAUUAUUUGCAACUGGUCAGUGGCUUCAAGGAGCUGUUGCAACAGAAGCGCUUUGACAUCUCCUCCAGUGCCAAUAAGCUACGCAAUGGCCUAUCCAAAAUAGCCGAAACCCAGGAAAAGGUCUCAGUAAUGACCGAGGAGCUGAAGGUGAGCUCCGAGCAGGUGAAAGUGUUGACGGUGGAAUGUGAGGAAUUCAUUGCCACUAUCGAGGAGCAAAAGGCCGAGGCCACCGAACAAAAGGUGAAAGUGGAUGCUGACGCGAUACAGAUACGACGAGAGGAGGUCACCUGCAUGGAUUUGGCAGCCACUGCCAAAGCCGAUCUCGACAUGGUCAUGCCAAUGGUUGACGCCGCUGUGCGGGCCCUUGAUGCGCUCAACAAGAAGGAUGUGGCCGAAGUAAAAUCCUAUGGCCGUCCACCUAUGAAAAUCGAAAAGGUCAUGGAAGCGGUUUUGAUACUGAUUGGCAAGGAACCCACCUGGGAAAAUGCCAAAAAGGUCCUCGGAGAGGCAACAUUUCUCAACGACCUAAAGAAUUUUGAUCGUGACAACAUUUCCGAUAAAACCCUUAAGCGCAUUGCCUUGUAUACCAAGAACCCCGAACUGGAGCCCGAUAAGGUGGCCGUUGUAUCUGUGGCCUGUAAAUCUCUGAUGCAAUGGAUUAUGGCCAUAGAAAACUAUGGCAAGGUGUACCGCAUUGUAGCACCCAAACAAGAGAAGCUGGAUAAUGCCAUGCGCUCGUUGGCCGAAAAGCAGGCGCUACUGGCAGCAGCCCGCAAAAAGCUGGAAGAACUCAAUGCUCGUUUGGCCGAGUUGUACAGGCAGUUGAAUGAAAAGACUCAACUUUUGAAUGAAUUGCGCUUGAAGGAGGAAAAAUUGCGCAAGCAAUUGGAGAGGGCUAUAAUUCUGGUGGAGUCGCUGUCGGGCGAAAGGGAGCGUUGGAUUGAAACGGUGGCCUCACUGGAUAAACAGUUUGAGAAAUUACCCGGUGAUUGUCUGAUCUCCACGGCCUUCAUGUCAUAUCUGGGACCAUUCGAUACAAAAUAUCGUGAAAUCCUGUUGGAAAAGUGGGCACUUCUCAUAAAGGAGAAAGCCAUUCCGGCCACGGAGGAACUUAAAAUAACAGCCUUUCUAGCGGAUGCUGUGACCAUCAGAGAAUGGAAUAUUCAAGGCCUUCCAGCGGAUGACUUCAGCACUGAGAAUGGGGUGAUUGUUACUCGAGGCAGCCGCUGGCCUCUGAUCAUCGAUCCUCAAAUGCAAGCCAAUACAUGGGUGAAGAACUACGAGGAGAAAAACGAUCUGAAGAUUAUAGACUUUGGCCAAUUGGACUAUUUGAAAACCUUGGAGAUGGCUUUGCAAAAUGGCCACCCUGUGCUUUUACAAAAUGUGGGCGAGCACAUUGACCAGGCCAUAAACCCCAUAUUGCGCAAGAGCUGCACCAUACAGGCUGGCCAAAAACUCAUGAAAUUCAAUGACAAGUUCUGCACCUACAAUGACAACUUCCGCUUGUACAUCACCACGAAAAUUUCCAAUCCCCAUUAUCCACCGGAGAUAUCAUCGAAAACCACCAUAGUUAACUUUGCUCUGAAAAAGGAUGGCCUCCAGGCUCAAUUGUUGGGCAUUAUAGUGCGCAAAGAGAAACCGGCCCUGGAAGAGCAGAAGGACAAAUUGGUUUUAACCAUAGCUCGCAACAAGAGAACCCUAAUCGAUUUAGACAAUGAGAUAUUGAGACUGUUGAACGAGAGUCGAGGAUCUCUGCUGGAAGAUGAUGAGCUCUUUGCCACUCUACAACAAUCCCGCCUCACCUCAACCUUGGUCAAGGAGUCAUUGAGCACCGCCGAAGUUACAGAGUUGGAGAUAGACACGGCUCGCCAAGAAUAUCAGGCGGCAGCAGAGCGUGCCUCCAUCCUGUUUUUUGUUCUCAUGGACAUGUCCAAAAUAGAUCCCAUGUAUGUCUUUUCCCUCUCCGCCUACAUAUUGCUCUUCACCCAGUCGAUUGAGCGAAGUCCCAAACAUCAGAUUGUGUUUGAGCGCAUUAUGAACAUCAAUGAUUACCACACCUAUGCGGUGUACAAGAACACCUGCCGUGGUUUGUUUGAGAGACACAAACUCUUAUUCUCCAUUCACAUGGCAGCUCAGAUUUUGGCCAAUGCUGGCCGUUUGGUUGAGGCUGAAUAUGAAUUUAUACUUAAGGGCGGCAUUGUCUUGGAUAAGCAGGGACAGCCACCAAAUCCAGCGACUAAUUGGAUCAGUGAGCAAUCCUGGGAUAAUAUCACAGAGUUGGACAAGGUUUCUGGAUUCCAUGGCAUUGUAGAUUCGUUUGAGCAAAGCGACAAAUUAUGGCAAGUUUGGUAUGCCACAACCACUCCCGAAACCGAAGAUCUUGUGGGUGAAUGGAAUGACAAAUUGUCGGACUUUCAAAAAAUUUGUGUGGUUCGUUGCCUGCGAGCAGAUCGCAUUCAAUUCUGUCUCACCCAGUUCAUCAUCAAUGCACUGGGCCAGCGUUUUGUUGAACCUCCAGUGUUGGACCUGAAGACGACAUUCGAAGAAUCUAUACCGCAGACGCCUUUGAUAUUUGUAUUAUCUGCUGGAGUAGAUCCCGCCCAGUCAUUGCUGAGUUUGGCUGAACAGGUGAAAAUGUCUGCACGCAUGUUCUCGCUGAGUUUGGGUCAAGGCCAGGCUCCUGUAGCCACCAAAAUGAUAAUGGAUGGCAUACGCGAAGGCAACUGGGUGUUUCUUGCUAAUUGUCAUCUUUCUUUAAGCUGGAUGCCCACUUUGGACAAAAUUAUAGCCACCAUGCAAACCAUGAAACUGGAUAGACGUUUUCGUCUAUGGCUCAGCUCAAGUCCUCAUCCGGAAUUUCCCAUAUCCAUUUUGCAAACGAGCAUCAAAAUGACAACGGAGCCUCCGAGAGGCAUUAAGGCCAAUAUGAAACGCUUGUACAGCAAUGUAAAUGUGGACAAUUUCGAGGCUGCCAGUGAUCCUUCUCAAUACAAGAAGCUAUUGUUCUCAUUGUGCUUCUUUCACACCAUAUUGCUGGAACGCAAGAAAUUCCUACAGUUGGGUUGGAAUGUGAUCUACAGUUUCAAUGAUUCAGACUUUGAGGUGUCUGAGGUGCUGCUGUUGCUCUAUUUGAAUGCAUACGAGGAGACACCAUGGGGAGCUUUAAAAUACCUAAUAGCCGGUGUCAAUUAUGGAGGUCAUGUCACCGAUGAUUGGGAUCGCAGGCUAUUGACCACUUACAUUAAUCAGUACUUCUGCGAUGAUGCCAUUACAACGCGCAAAUAUAGAUUGUCCUCCUUGGACAACUAUUUCAUACCUCGUGAUGGCGAUGUGCAAUCCUAUUUGGAUCAUAUUCAACAAUUUCCCACCUUCGACAAGCCCGAGGCCUUUGGCCAACAUUCCAAUGCUGAUAUUGCUUCGCUGAUUGGGGAGACCCGCCUGCUGUUUGAGACUCUUUUGUCUAUGCAGGUCGAGUCCUCAGCUUCAGUGGGUGAGAGUAAGGAGGUAAAGGUUUUGCGUUUGGCUCGUGACAUCUCACAGAGCACCCCGAAUGAGUUAAACUAUGAACAGACUGCCAAGUUAAUAGGCCUUAACCGUACACCGCUGCAAGUUGUAUUGCUGCAGGAAAUGGAACGUUAUAAUGUCCUGCUAAGGCAUAUCAAAGUGCAAUUGCGAGAUCUGCAGAUGGGCAUACGGGGCCUGGUGGUGAUGAGCACUGAACUGGAGGACAUAUACCAGGCGGUGUAUGAGGGUAGAGUGCCACAAGUUUGGCUUAAGUGUUAUCAGUCGGAGAAACCUUUGGCCUCGUGGUCCCGUGACUUGGUAUUGCGCAUAGAACACUUUGCCCAAUGGGCCAAAGUUCUUAGACCACCCACCUUGUUUUGGCUGGCUGCUUACACUUUCCCGACUGGCUUCAUUACUGCGGUGCUACAAACCUCUGCUAGAGCUAGUCACACUCCAAUUGAUGAAUUGGGUUGGGAGUUUCACAUUUUUGUUGAGGAAGAUGAUGCUGCUGCUCGCAUUGUUCGGGAGGGUGGUGGUGUUUAUGUUCGUGGCAUGUUUCUCGAGGGGGCCGGUUGGCGGCGUAAAGGCCAAUGUUUGACGGAUCCCUUACCCAUGGAGUUGGUCUCCCCCAUGCCGGUUGUACAUUUCAAACCCGUGCCUCAAACUAAGCGAAGGACCAGAGGUGUUUAUUCAUGCCCUACCUAUUACUAUCCCCAAAGGGCGGGAUCCUUUGUUAUAGCUGUUGACUUGAAAUCGGGCACUGAGAAUGCCGAUUAUUGGAUCAAGAGGGGAACUGCCUUGUUGUUGAGUUUGAGUAAUUAAUUUAUUUGUUGUUCUUCUUGUUUUAUAUGUAAUAAAAAAUGCUUUAAUAAAU